AUGCAGAGGGGUUACAGGGAGCAAUGCAGUGGGGCUACAGGGAGCAAUGCAGAGGGGUUACAGGGAGCAAUGCAGUGGGGCUACAGGGAGCAAUGCAGUGGGGUUACAGGGAGCAAUGCAGAGGGGUUACAGGGAGCAAUGCAGUGGGGCUACAGGGAGCAAUGCAGUGGGGUUACAGGGAGCAAUGCAGAGGGGUUACAGGGAGCAAUGCAGAGGGGUUACAGGGAGCAAUGCAGAGGGGUUACAGGGAGCAAUGCAGAGGGGUUACAGGGAGCAAUGCAGAGGGGUUACAGGGAGCAAUGCAGAGGGGUUACAGGGAGCAAUGCUGUGGGGUUACAGGGAGAAAUGCAGUGGGGUUACAGGGAGCAAUGCAGAGGGGUUACAGGGAGCAAUGCAGAGGGGUUACAGGGAGCAAUGCAGAGGGGUUACAGGGAGCAAUGCAGAGGGGUUACAGGGAGCAAUGCAGUGGGGCUACAGGGAGCAAUGCAGUGGGGUUACAGGGAGCAAUGCAGAGGGGUUACAGGGAGCAAUGCAGAGGGGUUACAGGGAGCAAUGCAGAGGGGUUACAGGGAGCAAUGCAGAGGGGUUACAGGGAGCAAUGCAGAGGGGUUACAGGGAGCAAUGCAGAGGGGUUACAGGGAGCAAUGCAGAGGGGUUACAGGGAGCAAUGCAGAGGGGUUACAGGGAGCAAUGCAGAGGGGUUACAGGGAGCAAUGCAGAGGGGUUACAGGGAGCAAUGCAGAGGGGUUACAGGGAGCAAUGCAUGUGGACAGCACGCAGAGCAAAAUCGACUCGCGCAACGGUUCCUCUUACCAUCCAUCCACCCUCGCUCAUCGCUCCUCUCUUAUUCGACGCGUCUCGUUUUCUCUCGCCCCCCAUCCCAUCCUCGCGCCCGCAUUCCCCGCGCCUCGCCCGUCGCGGCCCGCAAUGGACACUGCAGCGCUCAGGGCGCGCCUAGUGCGCCACUCCCUCAGCCCCGCGCACCUCCCGCGCGAGCCCCUCGGUCGUACCCACGCGGCCUCCCGCCGCGCGCAUCGUCUUCCGCCACUCCGCGCGCGCGCAUCGGGCAGCGGCGGCGGCUUCCCCAAGGGGCAGGGCCUCAUCGGCCUCAACGGCCAGCCGCUCUCCUCCUCCAGCCCCGGCGGUACCGGCGGCGGCGGCGGCGGGAUGUACCUGCCGUUUCUAAAGCCGGCGGAGCGCGCGGCGGAGGAGGGGCUGGGGUCGGUAGAGGAGCUGCUAGAGAUCGUGCGCGAGCGGCGCGGGCUGUGGUACGAGUAUGCGCCCGCCAUCGGCGCGCUGGGGCGGCAGGGGCUGUCGCCGGCGGCGAUCGCUGAGGCGACGGGCAUGACGGGCGUGGAGCAGAGCGCCGUCACGACGGCGGCGCAGGUGCGCGCCACGCUAAGCGCGGCGCACAUGGACCCCGCGCUGCUCGCGUUCUUCGACGUGGGCGGCGCGGAGGCGCUCUACGAGCUGCGCGUGCUGGCGGGCGCGCAGCGGAAGGAGGCGGCGGAGUACGUUGCGCGCGAGGGGCUGGACGGGAAGGGCGCGCGCGAGGUGGCGCGCGCCAUCAAGGAGUACGAGCGGCGCAAGCGGGAGGCGGACCGCAGCCACUUCAGUGCGGAGCCGGGGGACUGUCUGGCGUUCGCCGCAUACCGCCAGAGCGGGGAGGCGAGGAGCCGAGCGGAGCAAGAGGCGGCGCUGGUCAGGGCGGAGCAGGUCGCCACAUCCGACGCCGCCCGCGCCUUCCUCGCCACCGCUCUGCACCGCUGCCGCAACCCCGACGCCACGCCCCCCGCCGACACCACUGGCGCCGGUGCCACUGCCCCGGCCGCUCCCUCCCUGCCAGUGGUGCGGCUGCGCAGCAGUGAGACCCAGGCCACGCCCAUGCCCGUGGUCACCUGCGCCGCGGACCUCCUGCACCUGCCCGCGCUGCCCCCCCCCCAGGGCCCCUUCCGCCUCUUCUCCCCCACGCCCGGGCUGCCGUGGGUGGCGCUGCCCUCGUGGCCCGCCCUGAGGGACGUCCCCGCGCUGCUGGCGCUGCUGCUGCCCUCGCCCUCCCUGCUGCCGCCCCUGCAGGCGCGGCAGGGGGAUGGGGCCGUGCUGGUGGUGGUGCAGGGCGCGUGGGGGGAGGGCAGUGCGGUGGAGGGCGGGCACUACUAUGUGGUGAGGGAUGCGGAGAGGGGUGGGGAGAGGGGGCUGGUGGUGGUGGCGGGGGGGGAGGUGGCGGAGCGGUAUGGGUCGGGGGCGGGGGAGGCUGUGGUGGGGCGAGUGGUGCUGGCGCUGCUGCCACCUGACUGCGAGGUGGAGGACGAAGAGAUUGACGUGGCCGACUGGGUGUGA